CAAAGGCUCACAGAUCAAGCCGAGCUUAGGGAGCUCCCAACCAAGAGUAGAUAGCUUUCUUCUACCGAGAAGAGAAUAGAAAGCCCUCGCCGGGGGAAAAGAAAAGAAAAGAAAAGAAAAGAAAGAGAACGCAUAAAAAGAGAGUUGCAACUAUAUCUCAGAAGCAGAAGCCGACAUGACGAUCGUGGAGAUGUGUGUGCACAUGGACUGCUCUGGAUGCGAAAGCAAAGUAAAGAAGGCGCUUCUAAAGUUAGAAGGAGUAGAUGAUGUGGACAUAGACAUGGUGCAGCAAAAGGUGACGGUCACGGGGUAUGUGGACCAGAAGAAGGUGCUGAAGGCGGUGAGAAAGACGGGGAGACGGGCGGUGCUGUGGCCCUAUCCCUACAACGUGGAGCACCAAACCUACAACCAGGAGUACUACCACCAGCUCCACCCCAACCCAGCCUACCACCUAAUCUUCAACUCCAUUCCAAACUCCUACAACUACUACAAGCAUGGGUAUAACGAUUCCGACACGCAUGGCUACUACCAGAAGCCGACCUACAGUCACAUCGUCGACGAGAGGGCCCGGUCUCUCUUCAGUGAUGAUAACCCAAACGCCUGUUCCAUUAUGUGAAGAUAUAUUGUGAAAAAAUGUGUACCUAUAGGCACUGUGAUUAGCUAGAGUACUGAGUAAUAAACUUUUGGGUUUCCCUAGUGAAGGGUGCACAUGGAGUGGUGAGUUUUGGGGGGUUCUAUAUUUUCAUAGAAGGGAUCAACAUGUUUUUUAAUAUGAUGAAAAUGUAUCUUUACCAAAAAAAAAAAAUGAAAA